AUGAGACUACCUACAAUUCCGCUCUUCUUACUCCCAGUUCUCGCGUCAGCAUCCCCUCUGCACCAGGCUUCUUGCAUUCCACCACAGGUUUCCUCCAACACUUCAAACACGUACGACUAUAUCGUCACCGGUAGCGGUCCAGGAGGCGGUACAAUCGCCACCAAUCUCGCUCUUGCUGGACACUCCGUUCUGUUGAUCGAGGCUGGAUCAGACGCUUCGUUUGAUAUCCGCACCCAAGUGCUCGCGCUGAAUGACUUCUCCAAUACGAAUGUAGCGUGGCAUUUCUUCGUCAAGCAUAGUGAUGACGAGGAGAGAUUGAAGAGUGCGAUCAUCAACGCGGCUGCGACAUUCCUGCCAAGCGACAGCGAUUGGGACUUCUUUGACAAGGGCGUUGAAGAUGGCAUCUGGAGUGGCGAAUUGAUGCGAAAGUACUUUGAGAAAAUCGAGCAUAACAACUAUCUCGAACCCGGUACUCCUGGUCACGGCUUUACAGGCUGGCUACAGACGAACAUCGCUGAUCGAGCUACCCAUGCGACCGAAGCACUCCGCUUCAAGGUCUUCCAAGCUGGGCUGAAAUUGGUUGGAAAAGACCCAGAAAAGGUACUGGACUACCUCACCAGUGAUGCAAACUAUCUCGACCCAAUGCGUGACCAGACAGAGGGCCUGUCGUCACUGCCAUUCCAUGUCACACCCAACUGGAAGCGCUUCAGCCCACGCGACCGUAUCCUGGAAAUGCGCAAUCUGACAAAUUCGAAUGGAACGCUAAUGUACCCGCUACAUCUCCAGCUCGAGUCUCUGACCACAAAGGUACUAUUCGAUGAAUGCAGUGGUAAUGGCACAAAGCCGCGAGCCAUUGGAGUCGAAUACUUGCAAGGCAAAUCCGUAUACAAGGCCGACCCACGUCGUAACACUUCCACCACCGGUACACUGCACCAAGCUUUCGCUCGAAAAGAAGUUAUCGUAGCUGGUGGUGCCUUCAACUCGCCGCAGAUCCUACAGCUCUCUGGCAUCGGACCCAAAAGCCUUCUCGAGAAGUACAACAUCCCCGUAAUCUCCGACUUACCAGGUGUGGGCCGCAACCUACAGGACAACUACGAGGUACCCAUUUACGGGAACGCCCAAAUCAGCUUCGCAAAGACACCUGAUCCCAAUGCACCGAAAUGCACAAACGGAUCACCCGGCGAUCCAUGUAUCGAACUUUGGUACAAUGGCCAAGGACCCUACGCGCGCGGCGGCACAAACUCCAACGCGUUCCUCCUCAAGACAGCCCAUGCGGUCGAAGGCGAAAGAGACGAGCUGAUGUUCGGCUUCACGGGUGGCUCCUUUACAGGAUUUGCGCCGCCGACGUCUCAGAACACCACGCGCUACCCUCCCACAACAUUCUCUUGGUCCACCGUCAAGAUUCAUCCCCAGAACACUGCCGGAUACGUCCAGAUCCGAUCAGCCGACCCGGUAGACACACCAGAAGUGAACCUGAACUACUUCGCCGAGGGCGCAGAAACAGAUUUAAACGCCAUGCUUGACACCGUCGCUUUCGUCCGUAGAGCAUUUGCUUCCACAGAAGCACCGGUCGGCCCUGUAACGCCCGUCUCUCCACCGUGUCCGCCUGCUGAUAUCCUCGAGACGGGCUAUUGCCGUGACGUGCAGAUCGAUAGGGAGUGGAUUCACGACCAAGUCUUUGGUCACCAUCCCACAAGCACGAACAAGGUCGGCCCAGAUUCUGAUCCUAUGGCUGUGUUGGACACGAGGCUGAGGGUCAGAGGGGUCGAAGGGCUGCGGGUGGUAGAUGCGAGUGCAUUUCCUAGAUGUCCGGGUGCGUUCCCGGCGGUUAGCACGUUUUUGUUGAGUGAGCGGGCGACGGAUCUGGUGUUGGAGGAUGUGGGCAAGUGGUGA